CCUGAGUACUUGGUCAUCCUGGGCCAACCUCCAGUUCCCUUGUUGGACAAGCAAACUUCCUCGUCCUGCUUUGGGUUCCUCUUCCAGCAGCCAUCAUGUCCUCCUUGAAACCAAAUACUACGCUAGCACUAGAAAUUUCUUGCUGACCUCAAAGAUACAAUGCCCUCUUUAUCCCUGAAUCUCAUCCUCGUCAGGUUUAAAAACAAGUCCUCGAGUAUCACUUCAACAAAGAAGCUUUGUCAACCGCAACCACAGUUGUGGCUAGCAUUAAGAUGAACAAACCACCGGAUUCGGAAAGGUAUACGCUAACCUGAUAAAGACAGGUGUUUCGAUAAAUACAAGUCCGUCCUGUUCUCAGCCAAAGACUCCGACAUCGUUUCCGGAUUUUGAUAACCGCCACCUAGCAACUGAAUCCAGCCUUCAAACACGUAGCUUGAGACAGAGUGUCUUGGAACAAUAUGACACAAGCCUCUCGCAAGCGUCUUCGUACAUCUGAUACGAAUGAGAAUGAUAAGCCAGUUCGCAGAACCAGGCGAGCUACGGCCCAACUGAAGCUGCAAUUAGCUCAAGCGGCUCUUGCUACAGCCCACAAUAACACGGGAGUGGCUGAGACUGCCAAUCCAGCACUUGCUGAAGCCAUCAAAAAUGUAGCAAAUUUGGAAAGAGUCCACCAAGAGGCCCAAAAGGUGGUAGACGAGGCUCGAUUGGGACUUGGGUCAGCUAAAGAGGAAUAUGUCCAAGCAGGCCUCUUGGUAAAAGAACUGAACAUCGAGCGCGAUGCCAUCCAGGAACGAUAUCUAGCUGCCCAGGUUGCGCGUCCAAAUCAGCUUACAACAAUGCAACAACAAUUGCGAGCUUGCGUAUCGCAGCUUGCUGGGGCUACACAAGAUCUUUCAGAGAAGAAGUCUGUGCUGGCGGAAUUGCAUGAAGACAUAAAUCUCCUCGAACAGGAUCGUGAUCAAUCUACGCUGGAUCUCUGCCAUGCGAUUUACAUCCGCAACAAGUGCAUGUCCGUGGAAACAGGAAGGGAUACUACCACCUCUGCAGCACAGGAUCAGAUCAAUGAACCAAAACAAGAGUUGACCGACGUCACAAAUGACGGUGGCCGUCUUCAAGAAGAGCUUAUCGACAGGGGAUAUAGUCUGCCAGUCUCUCCCAGUGCUGCCCUUCGAGAUUGCCAGAACCGAGUCAGGAAUUUGGGACGAGAGCUCAGAGAUUGCAAUGACGGACAGAGUAUCGCCUCUGGACUCUCUACUUUGAGUCAACUUGCUGACACCGAAGCGCGAAUUAGACAACUGGAAGCAGAAAUAGAGGAGCACAAUCGAAAUCUAGCAUCUUUGCAGACUCUCAUUCAACAGCAAGAAGAUGCCACUACAAAAGCUCGUUUAGAAGACCAGAGAAAAAUUCUUAGGCUAGAACGGGAGCUCAGGGAUUGCAAUGAUGAUCAAAGCGUCGCUUCUGAUUUUUCUACCUUGAGUCAACUUGCCGAUGCUCAGGCACGAAUUAGAGAUUUAGAAGCUGAGUUAGCUACGAUGACAGCAGACACGCUCGUUGAAGCAGACGAAGAAGCACAAGAAGUGCUCAGACAGGAAGUCGUUGAACUCAAUGCCACAGUUGAACGCUUGCAAACAAAGCUUGAAUAUGUGAAUGCUGCCCGAACGCAAGAAGUUGGUGCCAUUCAAGUCCAAAGACAACUUGAUAAUUCCACCGAUGACGAUGAACUACGUGCAGCAAACGAACGUGGAGACCGGGCAGAGCGUUUAAGAGCAGAAGGAGCCGCAGGAAUCGCAGCGCUUCAAGCAGCCAAUGAUGCAUUAACAACUCAAGUCGCAGCUCAAGGCAGUACGUCUAAGUCGGAUCGUCACUUGUGGCAACUUGUGAACAAUUCUAACCGUGAUAUUGAUCGGCUUCGAGCCCAAAACAGUUCUCUUACCGAUCAAGUCAAAGUCUUGGCCGGUGAAAUCGUCGCCCUGCGAAAAACGCAAGGCAACGGAAACGGUAACAAAAAUGGUAAGAAGACCACCGAUCUCGAAGCUGCUCUUAAAGCUUGCAGAGAUGCAAAUGAAGAUGGUGUGUUCGCAACUUUUCCUCGUGAUAAAGUUCAAUCCAUGGUAGAAAGCUAACAAGUAUAGAACCUCGCAAGGCUCGUCGGACCCGUGCAGCAGCCACUGCCGCAGUUCCAAGCAACUUUCGAGUCGGUCCCUAUGCCAAGGUCACUAAGCCCGCUCCGCAGAAGAGCCCAGUCAAGAAGAGAUCCGGCACAGCAUAAAGAUAGGCUUCAGGACAGUCUUUAUUAUUUUUUUAUUGUGACGGGAAUACAGACAAUGGAAAAGAGAGCUGGUUACAGCUCGAUCUCUGCUGUCUUGGGAUUGAAUGAGAUUUGUUUCUGCACCAGGCCAGUCAAUACGUAGAAUCAAUGUCGUUAUUUUCUUUCCAAACGCUGUUGAUGUGAACGUGAAUGCAGUGGCAUAGGAACCUUGGGGGGGGAUAUUGCACUUGCAAGGUGUUGGAUGAGUGAGAAUAGUUUACGAAUAUAUCACAAGUCGAUGAACACUCGAAUCACAAAACGGCUAGAAAA